GCUACAAGCGCAAGUACACUACAAAUCAAAAUAAUUUUAGUAUCUACUUUACAAAUGUAUAAUAUUGGUUACCUGCUACUUGUGCGUUAACGAUUCGAUUGUUCAUAUUAUUAAAACAAAUGUGUGUUUAACGUCAAGAGAUAAGGUUCCUUUUAUACAUAAAUGAACAUUUUUUUUUUAAACAACUGUUAUAAAUAAUAGUAACAAAAAUUGUAAUGAAAAUAAUUCUAAUAUCAAAAUAAAAGUUGUGUUUCCUUAAAUUUCAUUUGUUAAUAUAUCAAGGAAGUAUCGAAAUGGAGGAUGGCGGUUGGAAAAGAGAGGACAUCACAAGCGAUAUGGUAAACGAACUGCAUAAAAAAAUAUGGGAUGUGCCCCGAGCACUCAAGGAAGCAUAAAUCAGUAUCGGUAGUCGACCGACUUAUUAUAACUAAAUAAUUAAAACCAGUCGUAACAAAAAACUUCCAAAACAGGUAAGCAAUCGCGAAUAACUGAUAAUAUAUGCCUUUUUGACUACACAGCUGAAGUGACAACGCAAAAUUUAGUUUGGGUACUUUUUAUUCAAAAUGUACAAAUUUUAUAAUACCUGAAAAUAUUAUUAUAGCCAUAAAUUAUAUACAAUGUGUAUUUGAAUUAUGAAUAUACGGAAGGAGCUGAGGAGACUGUCCUCCCUAAAUAAUGUUCCUUAGCAACCACGCAGACGUUUACUUAAACACCUGCUAAUAUAACGAAACAGGUCGACGCACUCAUCCAGAAAAGGUUUUUAAUAUACAAACUGUCAAGGCAAAUCAAUCAAAAGCAUAAAAAUUAAUAAAUAAAAAGGACAACGGAAUGGGUUCUAGAGAAACUGGUAUUGAAGCAUACCAAAAAGUAGAGCGUGACAUCGCAAGAGAAGAACAAGCUGCACCGGCCCCAUCUUUAGGUCACGAGAUGGCAAAACUAGAUCGUUUUAUCGCAGACAUAGAAAAUCUUAUGAGUCAGCUCAGUCAAGAACGUAUAGCGGAUAUUGAGAUAACAUCCAACGAUCGAUUUUCCCAAAGAUAUCUCAAUUCGAGAGUUGUAGAUGAAAGCGACAAUGCAAUUCGAACUGUUAUGGUAGAACUACGAGUAAAUUUGAACCAAAUGCUUGCAAUAGAACAUGAAGAAUUCAUUGCAAAUCUUAAUCGAAAAUCUAUAAAACUUCACCAUUUAAAUUGGUUAAGUCAAAUGAGAGCUAGAAGUGAAGAAGAAAUAUCAAAACUUAGUGUAAGAGUACAGCAUUUACAGAAACUUUAUGAAAGCCAAGAACUAAUAAUAAAAAAUUUAGUCGGAAGUAAAUCAUCGAAUACCGGGCAAUUAGAACGGGAAUUGGACAGGGUUCGUAGUUACCGAGAUACGUUAGUUAGUGGAGAAUUGUCAUGGAAAGAUGCUACGUUAUUUGCACAAGACUCUGCAGAUUAUAGUCGUACAGCAUAUAAAAGUUGGCAUUCACUGCGAACCGAAGAAGACGAAUCUAUAAGAUUUCGCCAAGCACUAAAAACUAGAGACUCUAUGCACCAAGCAGCUCUAUGUGUUCGAAUGGCACAGACCAUGUUGCCUGGUGUUCAAUUCCCGUAUUGUACUUCGAGAGAAGUAUUCGCUAUUCUACAAGUGAUCGAAUACUUGUUUACUGAUUUGCAAGUUUCAGAGAGAUUUGGCCAUGCUCUAGAAGUUUAUAAAAGUUUUAACAAAAGAGCGACGGCUUUAACUCAGUGGCUAAAACAGACAACAGAUGAAACUAUACAUAAAGAUGUCGAAGAAGUGGAUGAACGUAUCAAUGAUUUGGCAAACACACUGAGUCAAGAGAGAAUAAUGAACAGGACAGAGUUUCGCCAGACCAAUUCAGAACGGUAUGACGUACUAGGAUCUCAUCAACGUAUUGUAACUAAUUGGCUUGGCAAUACCAUGGGACCUAAAAAAGAAUAUGUUGAGCUACAUUCAAGAUAUCGUUUAUAACUAAUAACUAAAUAUGGUCAAAACUAUUUCAAAAUUGUAAACAGUGUGUUACCUUGUAUUUUUGUGUUAUCUAAGUUAAAUUCACUCUAUAUCUGUGCAUUUUAAAAUUAGUUUAAACUUAUACAAAGACAUAUUAUGUAUUAUUGUGAUUAAUGAUCAUAUAGGUUACCUAUCAUAGUGAUUACAAUAUAAGAGAAAAAUGUGCUUGCCUACUCAACUUGGGAGCUCUGUGACUAGCAACAGAUUAAUAUUUUUAACUUUUUUUUUUUUUAAUAUAUUUUUUUAAAUGUAUUUAAAUAAAAUAGAAGGGAAUA